AAAGUAAAUAGCGUGGUGUUAAGACAGGAGGGGACUUAAGGACGGUAUAAAGUAAGAGGUUGUCAGUCAAGAUAUACCAGUAGUUUGUUGUUUCUGUGUCAAUUCCAAGAUGAGGAGCUACGCGUGUAUAUUGGUACUUAGUGCAUUCACCUUCUCUGCACACGCACAAGAAAAUUUCAAAUGUCCUGACGAUUUUGGCUUCUACCCCCACCACACAUCCUGUGAUAAAUAUUGGAAAUGCGACAAUAACGUUGCAGAAUUGAAGACUUGUGGAAAUGGUUUGGCUUUCGAUGCCAGCGACUCAAAAUAUCUCACAGAAAACUGCGACUACAUCCACAACGUAGAUUGUGGGGAUAGGACACAAUUGGAACCACCAAUCUCAGCUGGUCACUGUGAACGUCUCUAUGGAAUAUUCGCCGACCCUGUCAAAUGUGACGUCUUCUGGAAUUGUUGGAAUGGAGAAGCUUCUCGUUAUCAAUGUUCUCCUGGACUAGCCUACGAUCGUGAGGCUAGAGUUUGUAUGUGGGCCGAUCAAGUACCAGAAUGUAAAAACGAAGAAGUUGCCGGAGGUUUCUCCUGCUCAGCUGCUGCUGAAGGAUCCAGCUCAGGAAUCUUCUCAAGACAUGCACACCCAGACGACUGUCGUAAAUACUACAUCUGUUUGGAAGGACAAGCCCGUGAGUACGGAUGCCCAAUUGGCACAGUAUUCAAAAUUGGAGAUUCCGAUGGUACUGGUAACUGUGAAGAUCCAGAAGAUGUACCUGGAUGUGAAGACUACUACGGCGACUUGGACCUUAAAACCAUUCGCAAGAGCGAGCUCUUGACUGGUUUAAAUAGCAGCGGUUCUCAAAGAGCAACAAACUCAGCUGGUUCAGCACCUAAAACAAAACAACCAAGACCAGCAGUCUCUAGGAAUGCACCAGAACCAGCCGAUAGAGAAUAGAUAAUCAAUUUUUAGGUUUAAUAGAAACAUCUUGAAUUACCAAGCUGCUAAGCAGACAGAGAAACCCCAACAUUCAAAAUGAUCACUACCAAAAAUAGUUUGCAUUUGUUAAAUUUUGUAUGUAUGAUCUCUCUCAUACUUCGUCCAAACAUUACAUUUCAGUGAAUUUGGUUUCCAAAAAAGUUCCUCAAGAGUUAUAAGUGCUAUCUCCGUUAAGUUGAACAAAAGACUUCUCACAUAUUUAUUGAUUUACCUUUGUAGGUUUUAGUUUUAAAUUUCGUUACCUAUAUAAUUUUAUACCGAUGAGAACGUUUUUGUGAAGACGACAUUGUCAUUUUUUUUUAAUAAACUGAAAUGUAUCA